UUUGUUUUGAAGCAGAGAGAGAUUCAGGCCGAAGACCGUGGAAGGAGAAACGGGCGCGGAUCUUCUUCCGCACCUUCUCCUCCUGCUUCUCCUUCUCCUUCCUCUGCUGCGGCCUUCGGCGUCCAGGCAGGCGAGUCGCCGGGGAACGUGGCCGCUGCGCUGCUCUUCCGCGUGAGCCGGAUCGUAAGAUCGCGACAGCAAAAUCGCUCUGACUGAAAUCCACCUCGCGUCACCAGCCCGUAACACUCACCGCUGUUACUGUACGGCUCUUCACGGAAUAAUCCGACAGCGUACAGCGGGGCUCAGGUGCUGUAGCAGCAAAAAGCACGAUAACGGUGAAUGAAGCGUGAUCUGUCGCGGAACGCGAUCAAGUGGAGAAAAGCGUCCGCUAAAUGAAUGAAUGAACCACGCACCUCAAAAAGGCUCGUAUUUCAGAACCAUCAUCAUCACGUCGGAGCUGAAACACAGACAGAGAUCCUGACCUGCCGUCGCAGAAUCAGAAUGUCAAUGUAUGUUGGCGGUGCCCAUCGGAAGGCGGCAAACUCACCUGUGAGGCUGUGUGUCCAUCUGUGUAUCUCUGACUGAGAAGCGAUAUGGAUAAAGAAGAGAUUUCUGACAAGGAAGACAUCUCAGCUGGACAAUGUGCUGUGAGGGUCCAGCAGAAGAGAGCAGGAUCACCUGCAGGCAGCUGCGUGUCCCUGAAGAGUGGCAUGUCCAUGGAAGAUCACGUGAACUUCCAGACAGGAGGUACUUCAAGUGAGCAAAGGUACUCGUCACAGUCUAGCAGACGGACACAUCAGACGGAUUUGAAUUGCAUAUUCAAGUCACUUGAGGACAGAGCAGUCAGGUUCCUAAAGAAUCAGUUGGAGAGGUUCAAGAGCCACCUGAGUGAAGAUUACCCAACAUACUUUGAACCUCAAGUGGAAGAUGACACUUCAUUGGAGGCCGAUGAAAUUAUGAACGAGACCGGUGGCACGGAAGGUGCUCUGAAGAUCACAUUGUAUAUUCUGAGGACUAUGAACCAAGGGCACGUUGCAGACAGGCUGGAGAGGAAGGAGCAGCAGCUGUCAUGUCAGUAUAAACUGAAAUCCAAUCUCAAGAAGAAGUUUGAGAGUGUCUUUGAAGGAAAAGCUAAGCAAGGAAACCCAAUCCUUCUUAAAAAGAUUUUUACAGAAGUCUAUAUUAUUAAGGGAGGAAUUGGAAACAUCAACACACAACAUGAAGUGAGACACAUUGAGACAACAUGUAACAGACCAACGAUGGAAGAGACUGCAGUCAAGUGCAGUGAGAUCUUUGAAGCCCUACCUGGACAUGAUGUUCACGUUAGAACAGUACUAACAAGAGGGGUGGCUGGCAUUGGAAAAACUGUUUCUGUGCAGAAAUUUAUUCUUGACUGGGCUGAAGAAAAGUCCUGCAAGGACUUUAAUUUCGUAUUUCCUCUUCCUUUCCGGGAUCUGAAUUUGAUAAAAGAUAAGGAAUACAGUCUCAUUCAGUUACUCCAUCACUUUCUGCCGGAAGUGAAAGCAGUUGAACCAACUGACAUUUGUAAUUACAAAGUCUUGUUCAUCUUUGAUGGCCUUGAUGAGUGUCGCCUUCCUCUAGAUUUCCUUAACAACGAGCGCUUGUGUGAUGUGACCAAGCCGACCAAAGUGGAUGUGUUGAUAACCAACCUCAUCAAGGGGAACUUGUUUCCCUCCUCUCUUCUCUGGAUAACCUCCCGACCAGCAGCAACCGGCCGAAUCCCCCCGGAGUGUGUUCAUCGUGUCACUGACAUACGGGGGUUUGAUGAUCCACAGAAGGAGGAGUACUUCACGAAGAGAUUCACCGAUCAGGACCUGGUCAGCAGGAUUAUCACACAUAUAAAAUCCUCAAGGAGUCUCCACAUCAUGUGCCACAUUCCAGUCUUUUGCUGGAUUUUAGCAACGGUUCUUGAGAGGCUGUUUAGUGAAGCUAACAGUGGACAAAUCCCAAAGACCCUGACUCAGGUGUACACACACUUUCUGAUCUUUCAGACAACUCUGAAGACUGAGAAGUUUUCCAGGAAAAAGGUGACUCACCCUUCUGAGUCUUUAAGAGCAAAUAAGACAUUUCUCAUGAAAUUAGGGAAACUGGCUUUCAAUAACCUUCAGAAGGGGAAUCUAAUAUUUUAUGAGGAAGACCUGAGAGAACAUGGAAUUGAUGUGAAUGAAGCUUCAGUUUUCUCUGGAUUAUGCACAGAAGUCUUCAAGGAGGAGACUUGGUUGUAUCAGGGGAAGGUGUACUGUUUCGUACAUCUCAGCGUUCAGGAGUAUCUUGCAGCUUUAUAUACGUUUCUGUCAGACGGAAACACAUCAACGUUGAGCACAGUCAGCAGGCAGCACCAAGAAAUGAAACUGUCUCACUUGCUGAAGAUCACCGUGGAUCAGACUUUGCAGAGUAACGAUGGACACUUAGACCUCUAUCUCCGCUUCCUGCUUGGACUCUCAGUGGAAUCUAAUCAGACUUUUUUGCAAGGACUACUGACACACACACAAGACAGUUCACAUGACGUACAGGAAACGAUCCUUUACAUAAAGAAGAUGAUCAGGUCCAAUCUCUCAACAGAGAGGACCAUCAAUCUGCUCCACUGUCUGAAUGAACUGAAUGACCAGUCUUUAGCGGCGGAAAUCCAAAACUUCUUGAGCUCGGGGGGUCUCUCAGAAGAAAAAACUGGAGGUGCGUAUCUGCCAUCUCCAGCCAUUAUGUUGCUAACAUCAGAGCGAACUCUGGAUGAGUUUGACCUGAAGAAAUACAUCAGAUCAGACGAUGGUCUUAUAAUGUUCCUGCCAGUGCUGCAGACCUCCAGAACAGCCCUGCUGAACAGCUGUAGCCUCACUGGAAAAAGCUGUGGGUUGUUGGCUUCAUCACUCCUCACAAAGUCUUCCAGCCUGAGAGAGCUGGACCUGAGUGACAAUGACCUGCGGGAUUCAGGACUAGAGCUGCUCUCUGCUGGACUGGCGAAUGCAAACUGUAAACUGGAGACACUGAGGUUAUCAGGCUGUAGACUCACACAGGAGGGCUUUGCAAGUCUUGCUUCAGUUCUGUGUGCAAACCCUUCAUACCUAAGACAGCUGGAUCUCAGCUAUAAUGACCUUGGGGACUCCGGAGUGAAGCUCUUUUCUCUUAUUUUGGGAGAUCCAAAAUAUAGGCUGGAAAACCUCAGGCUGAACGGGUGUAACCUCACAGGAGAAUGCUGUGAAAUGUUUGCUUCAACUGUCAGUUCAAAAUUCUCAAGUUUGAGAGAAGUGGACCUGAGUGAAAAUGACCUGCAAGAUUCAGGAGUAGAGCUGCUCUGUGGUGGACUGCAGAAUCCAUACUGUAAACUGGAGACACUGAGGUUGAAGAGGUGUAACCUGUCUCAAAUAUGCUGUGAAACGUUAGCUUUAGUCAUCAGCUCAAAUUCCUCAAGACUGAGAGAACUUGACCUGAGUGACAAUGACUUGGAGGAUUCGGGAGUGAAAAAGCUCUGUGUUGGCCUUGGAAAUCCUUACUGUAAGCUGGAGACACUGAGGUUGUCAGACUGUGGAGUCACAGAUGAAAGCUGUGCUUCUCUGACUUUGGCUCUACAUUUAAACCCCCUACACCUGAGGGAGCUGGACCUGAGCUACAAUAAUCCAGGGGAGCCUGGUGUGAAGAUGCUCUCCUCCUUACUUGAGAAUUCUAACUGCAAACUGGAGAAAGUUAGGUGGCCACGAAGAGCAAAAUGAGUCAAAUCAUCAGAACUCAUGUUGCGGUAGAAUGUGCAACACUGAGAAAAUGUGAUGUCAUAGCCAUGAGGUGAGAAGAAGGAGGCAGGAUGAAGGAUGCUGAAGGAACCACUGAACGGCAUUCUACAACCACUUACCUCUUUAGAAUGUAUUUUUAUAAAGAGCCAUUCCUCUUAAAGGACCAUCAUCAUCAAAAUACUUUUUAAUAAUCACAAGAUCUGUAUGAACUACAGGCAUCCCUCAAUUUACAAACUCUGUUUAUCCAGAAUUUUGGUAUACCAGCUCUUGGCUUUUGAUACCAAAUUUCUGAUUUACGGAAAGAAAAACCAGCAUAAUGAAAUUUAUUCGAAGCCUGUCCAAAAAAAACAGUUGCGUGUCGCACAGUAAUGUACUAUUUUUGGAGCUAUGUUCGUUGCUGUCUACUGUAUAUAAGGAAAGCACAAUUAAUAUCUAAAAUGUACUGCCUAGAAAAAUACCCAUUCUUUGAUAAUCAUGGAGCAAUUCACAUGUCUGCCUGUUACAGUGUUGCAUUAUGAGAAACAUAGGAAAUUCGACAGGAGCAUCUGACAGCCAUAUUGAGGGUGUUAUUUACAUUCAUUAAUUCAUCUUAUGCUUUUAUUUUCGGUACUUAACCGUUAGCUACUUAUUAUCUUUUGUAGUUUAAGGAUAAUAUUGUAUUAAUUAUGUCAUUAUUGUGUAGCACAGUAAGUUUCCAGAAAGGAAAGUUGAAAACUGUAAAUAUUCGGACCAUGAACAAAACAUUGACUAAAAACAGAACAGAUGGAGGCUGAAAACACUACUUCACUGUUUUCAUACGUUAGGCAUGUCGACCAUCCACAUUCCAGGGUUCUUCCAGAUAAGCAUCGGAAUUCCUAGCGAACCAAAAAUAAAACAAAAAAAGUUGC